AUUUUAUUAUCCUGCUUUGCGGCUCGGUGGGAUUGGAUACACUUCUACAGCAUGAGAAUGAGAUAGAGAUUCAGGAUCAAUAGAAUUGUACUCAGUUUUCGGAAAACACACAUAUCAAACUUGACGUGAACAGAACAACAACAUGUCGGACGAAGUAGAGGCCGCAGAAAGUCCUGAUCCCGCAACUCGCGCUCCCGAGAUGCCUCCGCACACAAAGUUUGUGGGUGAGAAGCAUGUCGAGCGGCUUUUUCUCCGCUACGGCGGAGACGGUGGAGACGUGGACGAGGAUCUGUACGAGAGUCUGUGGACGACGGGUAUGGUUGGCAUUCUCGAGUUACCGGGAGCGAAAUUUCAUUGCGCCACCGCUCACCCCAAGGAUGAGAAAAAAAAGAAUGCCGCAAAUAAAGGAAUGGUGGAUCUGAAUCCAGCAGUGGGCUUUUCCGUAUUCGACAUGAUCUCUGACCACGCAGACGAGCAUUGUCUAGCAGCCCUUCCACAGCGGGACAUCUCGACUUGGAAUUCCGUAGUGAAACCCUCAGACCUCGGCCUGACAUCGAAAGGCGCAAAAGGUUACAGCUUGGACGGCCGUUAGAUUUCUGCGCGGUGAAUUUCAAGUGAUUUUAGCGGUCUGCAAGAAUUUGGCAAGUCAAGUGGUUCUGCGGAUAUUUCUUCCCGGAAAUAUCGACAUCCACCCGACGGAAAAGCCGGAGCGACAUAAGUUCCAACAGGCUUCCGGUUGUGGCAGAAUUUGUCAAGCAAAAAAGAAGCGGGAUGGGGCGACGCAAUGUCCAGCUGCAUUGUCAACGCCCUAGGCUGAUGAGUCAUGAAGUAGCUUCGCGUCGUUGCUUUUCGUUUUGUGGGUGCUGCGGAUGGUUUGCCGGGCUCGGGCGUCUGGGUCUGCCAGAUGCUCUCUGCUUCGGUAAAUCAAAACAAUUUAAUGUCUUGCGCGACCUUGUGGCGUGCUUGCAUUUUGUUGCUUUCGUAUUUGUGCGUGCAUGCGCCAAAGGCUUCGCAUUUUUUGAAGCAAAUGUGGGACGAUCGUUUUGGAUUUGGUUUUUCGGCUCCGGUGAAUUUAGAAACGAAGGCAAAAUGGGUACCGGUUUGAUGAUGGUCUGGAAUCCAGAAUCAGCUCGGGGUGAAUUUAGGAAAUUGCCGAAAUUUACUAAAUUCACCGGCCUGCCGUUUCUAAAUUCACCACUAAAUUCACCGAUCGCAGCAUGCCAUCGGUAAACGGGGUACAUUUAAGCCGCUUUUUGGCGCCAAACAGCACGGCACUCCGCAUCGAUGAUUUUUAGGAAAAAAACCAUCCUCAUCAUACCAUGGGGAAUGAUGUUUAAAUGGAAGCUUUUCCCGAUGGCAGUGCCUUUUCUUUGCGAUUUUCGUUGCCCAAAAUUUGAACACGGAAGUUGAAGGGUUAACAAGGAAUGGAGAAGAUCAUGAAGAAGCCAAAAGGUCUACUUCGCGAAAAAAGACGCGGAGCAGUGUGCUAGGUUGGGCAAGGUUGCGAGGGGGAUUGCCUUCAAUGUGGGGGAGCCUUGGCGACGAGCACAAUGCCGCCGCUACCUCUAUUUGUGCUAGCCCUUGCCUCGCGAACCAUAACCCCCCGAAACGCCAGCCCCACGAUUCUACUCCCCUUCUAAAAUCACUAGAAAUUCACCGCCCCUAUAUCUAAUGGGCGUCCAAGCUGUAAGCAAAAGGCAGCGACGCGGCACAGGCCGCGAGCACUAGUGCCACGUGUUCCGAUGGAAGUGGCGAACACGCGGACCCGGUCACCGCACCUGCAUCAGGUGCGCUCAGUCCAGAAAACAUCGAUGGAAGCUCCGUGCGGCGUUUAUUUUUUGACUCCGGCGACCUUAUGGUCCACACGAUCACGUCGCUGAGUCAGUAUUUUCCCAACCUCAUCAGUUUUGAGUACACCUGCAUGGACGGCUAUGGUAGUUGCUCUGACUGGAGUGCGCUGGCAGAGUUGCCUCAGCUGAAGAAGUUUGUCUUCCGCUUGGGUGGCACUCAUCAGGGUGAAGAGGGCUACAAGGGCGAGAACUCAACUCUGGCGCGGGGAUUGUUGCCUCUCGCGAACACGCUGGAGCACUUGGAGCUGGGAGAUUUUCGGCAUGGGCAUCUCGGCAUCCUGAAAAUCUACGAGAAGCUUCACAAUCUGCGGUUCCUUUGCCAUGUCGGCGAGCUGCACCACAUCGACUACGAAGAGGACUUCCCUUGCACUCUCGAUCUUUCUGCGUUGACGAAGCUGCGAGUCCUCAAAUUCAAGGACUGGUCGAAUGCUGGCAGCGGUUUCUGCAUGCCAGCUCCCGAGGAGGGUAUUCCUGAUCGAAUCGGUCUCAAGCUUCCGCAAGUACUUCCAAGCAAUACCUUUGGAGGGAAGCAGCCACAAACAGAAGAAACGCAUGGUCCUCUAAAUAAAAGUAGCAAGAAAGCAAUCAAGCAAGACCGAUCGAAGUCUCUUGUCGUCUUGGAAGUGCCGGAGCGUUGCUGCACUCGGAAGUUGUACGAUUCGUUCCGACCCGGGGGCGCGAAUCACGCAUGCUUCAGGCUGAUUUCGGAUAAGCAGUACGACGCGGCGCGGAAAGACGAGGGUGUAGAGUUUAGCAUUUGGCCACAAAACCAACCUGACUACAACAUCCCCCGAGCGGGCGGAAGGAGCUUUCUUUCCUGUGAAAAAUUGCCUCCAGAACCGGAAACGGAACUAUCGUUCUCCGUCGAGGGGAGGGCGGACCGUGCCAAAUUUGUUGCCACGGUUGGAAUAGACCACGCCUUGGCUCUGUUGGAGCGCGUGAGGCCCGAUCUAGUAUUCGCGCGGACGAACCUGUUCUUGCCCGACUGGAUCAGGUGCGGACACGAUUUUGAGUUUCCGAUCGGUGCAGAGGCGCUCCUGCUGAACCCAAUGACUUUGCAGUUUACUCGCUGCACAAUUACAGUGGCGCCGGACUGUCCGUGGCCAAGUAAACACGAAUUGGAGGUGGUUUCCUGCACCGGCCGGUUCGGCCGCUACACCUCGCACAGACCGCUGUGGAGAGGGCUUCAUCCGCCCACCUAUUUGAUCUUGGAGCACGAUGACGCAAAUGCACUUGACUUUUCGUGUGGCGAAAGGAGCGUGGCCAGCUGGAUGCUUUUCCCAGUGGAUUUGUUCGAAAAUAUAAAUACGGACAGCGACGAAGAUGCGGCGGGCCAGCGCCUUCAACAAUACAAGACGGAGCUGGGGCGCUGGAAGCGCAAAAGGUUUCUGGGUAGUCGGAUUCGGUACGACAACCACGCUGACCGGGACCCGGUGCUCGACGUCAAAGGGGAGCUGGUCGUGCCAGGCGGAAUGACGGUGAGAGCUGGCUUUUACUUUGACGGCUACGAACUUGAUCGCGACGAAAAAGUGCGACACCUCGGGACUAUGACAUUUGAUUUUGGGGGAAAGAAAGUAGAGGCGUGGAACCACCAGGAGCCGCGCCGUCUGCUCUUCAAUACCUUCUACGGAGAUACGCGUGACGCACUUUUUCAUUUUGUUUGGAAGAAGCGGACGGGAAACACGCUCUACCAAGACUACUUGAAAAUGUCCCAGCUCAUUCUGAGAGAGAGCGGUGGCCAAGGUGGUCCGACAACUCCGAAAGACUCAGCAGCCGCCAGUCUUUCAGAACCGACUGCAGAGAAAAAAGCCAAGAUCGAGGGCUCAAGCGAGGAAAUACAGGCAGGCGAGACCGAAUUAGAAACGUUUCGCAGUUUCCUGCGGAAUCGUUUGACACCGAAGCUCUGUCCGAAUGAAAUGAAGGAAGCCAUUCAGAGCAUCACCAAAGUCUGGCCAGACCUCGCACCUGCCCAUGACAAGUACGGUGUGGUGUGGUCUUCUAAUCUUCGCUGUGAAGAUCUGCAGGUGUUCCAAAAACAGUACUACCUUGUUCAAGAGGACGACACGGAGGACCACGACUACGAGUGCGACAAUUGUCUUCGCCACGGCCUUUUCGUUCACACUUGCAAGCCUUGUUGCAACAUUGUCGACGCGCCGAGCGACAUUGUGUCGGCGUCGGCGGAUGGAGCGAAUUUGAUGUGGGAGCUCGGGUUGUGUGAUGUGUGCCUCAUCGCGGAGAAAAGCGCUGCAGUCGCGGACACCACGGAGACCGGCACCUCCUACACGGCCGAAGUUUACGAAUUGUACAAGCAGGCACUACUGGCAGAGAUCACCGGCAGUGAUGUCUCUGCCUCGCAGCAGAAUCUUCUGGAUGUGACGUGCUGGGCAAGAAACGUGUACUUUGCUGAUUGGGAUCCCGAUACCAGUGCUUGGUUUCACGGUAACAAACUUCAGGAGUUGCUGGAAUCUGUUGAGAAGCAGGAAACGGAAUUGGUGAAACGAAUUGCGCAAGCUUUUCCAAUGAUGAACGCAAGACGUGUUGACGUCGACUUCGAUGAAUCCGGUGGAUCAAGAAGCUCUGGGUCGCCACCCUGCCGCUCGCGCAAGCAUUUGCUCUCGCUGAAUGUCCGGAUAGGUGAGAACUUUGGUCGCGCAAACUUCAAGUGCCUCGAGGGCUUCGUCUACGCAGAAGGCCCAGAUGAACCGAUACCGCAGUUCCUGAAUGACCUUGCUUCUGCCGUUGGACGUUAUUUCCGAUCAUUUACCAUUGGCUCUGAGAAUGCGACGUGCCAACCUCAACAACUUGGCUCUGAGAAUGGGAAUGGACCGGGGCACCACAACUUUGCCUCGGGUCUGCGCAAGUCAGAAUACCCGUUUCCUCACGAUCGAGUUCCCUUCAGCUGGAUAACAUUCAAGUGGGCCGACUUUUUUCUCCAAUGCCGGUACAUUCGGGCGGUGCAGCUUGACAAGUGCUUGAACUUUGACGAUCCAGCAUUCGAAGCAUUGGCGACUUCUUGCCCUCAUCUGGAGAAGCUGUACGUAUCCGGCUUCACGAGAUAUGAGGUCUUUAAGUGGCAAGAUGGAUGCGGGAGCCGGCAGAAGUCGAGAGAAAAGGAAGACUUUUGCAGUUACGAGAAUUUCACAGCGGACUCCAUUGAAAAGUUUCUAGUACAGACCAAAAGCUGCUGCGAAAAUGGCGACGUUGACCAAGGCACCAGUGGCACUCCAUUUUUUCCGAGUUUGAAGGCCUGCUGGAUAUUCGAUGUCUCUGGUCCACACUACGAUUUUGACCUGAAAGCGCGGCUCCGCGCAGCGCGUCCGAAUCUGUUGGAGUUUGGUUAUGGUGAUUCCCUAAAACGGCACGCGCACGCAUCUGAUUUCGUAUUUCGUGACGAGGACGAGGACGACGAAGAGCAACACGAGGAGACCGCACCGCAGUGCAAGAUCUGUUUAGGACCUUUGUUGAAGAAGGUGAAGCCGAACAGGAAGUUCAGAGUUGCUAGUCUUUUGAAUCCCAAAGCGGCACAGAUCGACGAAUUGCGCCCAUGCGGCCAUCAGUUUCAUCAUUCCUGCAUCGCUAGCUGGAAAUCCCGCGGAACCAGUAACAACAAGUGCCCGGUUUGCCGUUCCAAAAUUGAAGAGUGUCGAACGCUCCCGCCUGGUGUUGAGCCUCGAACCGAGUGGACAAACAAGAUCCGCAACAGCUCGAUUUGCGAGGUCAAGGCCAUUCAGAAGAAGCCAGAGCUGAAUGGGGAGAAGGUGGUAGUUCGCUCUUUCGACUUCGACACCGAACGAUACGUUUGCGACCGGCUCUAUUCAGAUGCAGGCACUGACCGCUGCGCGAUAAAACUGAAGGAGAGCAACCUGUCUUUUCUGCGCCCCGUGCACUUCACCCUCCAAGAGGUCCAGCAGUGGGUUGAUGAGUGUCCGGCAAAGAUGCGUCUGUGUCUACCGAAAGGAGAGUUUCAGCAUAGCACAGCCACUACCAGUAGCAGUACGCCCAGCAAUCGGGACGCUGCCGGAUCUGUUGAUCCAGCACAGGGGUGCUUGGUAGUGAGAAAAGCGAUCACAUUAUGCGGAAUUGGGGACGAAGAAACGAAGCUAGACUUUCCUAAGUUUCGUUUUCUGGGAGACACACCCGGUGGCAGUGUGCUGUGCAGUGAUAUCUGCCUACUCGGAAAUGUCGAGGUACUUGGGGAGAAGCUGCAGUCGUGUACGUUUCGCCGGGUCACAAUCAACUGUCGGGGAAGGCAGGACGCCCGCAAUGUCGAUGCGCUGCAUCUAAAUGGGACAACGCGGGAAGAAUUCCGUCGCACGUUUAGGGUCGGCACUGUCCUGCUAGAAAAAUGCAAAAUUUUGGGCGGCUCUGAUGGUGUGCACGUGGACUGUCCGGGCUGCAAGUUUAAGGGCUGCGAGGUAGCGCAGGCCAGGUGUCGUGGUCUGUUCGUGUCAGAGGACUGCACCGUAGAAGACUGCACCAUACACCACUGCGGGUCCUACGGUGUCAAGACUCGAGCUAGUCUUACGCGUCUUGGGCGUAACCGAAUUCAGGCCGGACCCUGGGACAACCAGCCCUGGAAUGACAACCAAGAGGACGGUGGUAGCGAAUACGAAGACGACAACUUCGAUGAUGACAUGGGCUUCGACUUCGGGGGAGGGGCGCCGCGAGUCAAUCAGGACGGAGACUGCGCGCAGCAAUGAUGUGCGGAGUAGAUUCAAAAGCAUGAAGUUAAUAGAGGCAAAUCCUAUUGGUAAAGUCAUCGAUGGCUGUGUUUGUGCUGCUUUUUUCGAUCCUUCCCUCAGUAAAUCUCCAACUAACAGACGGAAGUCAAAGUGUCAGUAGUUCGUGAUCGAGCAAAAUAAAACAUUGCCACCGAACGUGUCAAGCCGAGGGAGUGCAUCUGACACUAAACACUGCUAUUGCAGGACUGGGUGCAGCGAUCUCGAUCUCCUCAAGAACAAAGAAUAACAAUGGAUGCUCAUGAUCUCAAAAGUUCCUAAUCCGCCUGAAAUGCGAAAUUUCUCGCAGUUCUGCCUCUGAGAGUCUCACAAUUCUGGGUUAGAAGGGACACGAAGCGCAU